ACAAAUUCAACAUACUACCGAAUACAUACAUCAUUGAUAUAUCACCUUCCAGCAUUACGGAAUUAACGCAUUGGUGUACCAAAUUCUUCCAGAACGCUUAUACAAAUUAAGUGAAAAUGCAGAGGAGAGUGGAAAGAGCGACUAAAAAACUAUCAGCAAAGGAAUUGAAACAAAGAGAGGUGACACGAAAUUUUAAUCAUGUGGCUAAAUUAGUUCUUACGCCUUUAGAACGAGAAACUCUUCACAAGUCUAUAAGACAAUAUCAAAAGUCUAGAGAUGUAGAAAAACUUCAUCAUAUGAUGGUGUUUAUGUUAACCACACACGAAAAACAGAAAAUAUUUCCUUAUGUACGAGCUAUGCUUCCAGAAGAUGGCAGGGGAAAAUUUGACGAACUAUCCAUUGAAAAACAAUCCUCAAAAACAGUUCAAGCUAAAAACCAUUCAUCAAAUAACUUUCUACGUCCAAGCUCUGCAGAAAAUAGAACUAAGAAGAAAACCAGCUUCAGAAAAAAUAUGAAAGUGUUUACAUUAAUAAAGGAUGACGAUGACUAUAUUGGAUUUAGUUUACGUGGUGGAUCAGAAUAUGGAUUAGGGAUUUAUAUCAGUCAGAUUGACCCCUUAUCACCUGCAGAUUAUUGUGGUCUCGAGGUUGGUGAUGAAAUUCUAGCCGUCAAUAGUAUUCCACUGAAUAAUGUCACUUUAAACGGUGCUGUAAGUGUUUUAACAGGUUCUAACCACUUAAAACUUACCGUUAACAG